ACACUGAAAAACACACACACACAUUGUCAUUAUCAUAUCAUUGCCUCAUCAUCCCUUUCCUCCUCUCUCUCCUGCUCACCAUGGCUCUCUGACAACACUAUCCUCACUGUAACUUCACUGUAUCGUUCAAAUAUCGUGUUUUUAGUGUGUUUUUCUAUAAAUUUCUUUAUGUGUUGUGAUCAUACGCAUUCUUGGCUGUUAAAGGGGGCGUGUGGUGUUUGUGUUUUGAUCGUACGCAUUCCUGAGUCUUUGUGGUGUGUUUCUGGGUUGUUUGCGUCGUUAUUUGUUGUGUUAAGGGGAGAAAAGUGUUGUGGUUCAGUUUUUUCAGUGUUGUAGUGGCUGUAGGGAUAAAAAUUGUGAUGUUUAUGUGUUGAUCGUACGCAUUCCUGAGUCUUUGUUGUGUUUCUGGGUUGCUAUCGUCAUUAUUUGUUGCUUUACGGGAGAAAAGUGUUGUGAUUAAGUUUUUACAGUGCUUUAGUGGCUGUAGGGAUCAAAAUUUUGGUGUUUGUGUUGAUCGUACGCAUUCCUGAGUCUUAGUGUAAUUUUGUUUGCAUUCAUUAUCAUCAAUUUAUCUUCUCUCACACCUUCCCACACACACACACACACUCACCAUUCGCCAUCAUCACCUCACCAUAAAUAUUAACAGCUGUGUCACCAUCUUCACUAUCCAAGCUCACCAAUUUAUCACUUUUCAUCUCAGUUUUACCUCGGCUGUGCGUGUGUGUGUGUGUCUGUCUCUAGCUGUCUUCAUUGUGUCUUUGUUGCUAAUCUCUCUUUUAUUUUUCUAGUCUGUUUUUUUAUCUCAUCUCUCAGUCUCUCCUAUUCUCUUAUUACACUCCUCUCUUUCUCUGUCUCUCUAAUCUUUCUUUAUUUCACUUUCUCUUUUCAUCUUAAGUCUCUCUCUUUCUCUCCUGUUAGUGAGUGUGUGUGUUUAUUUCACUUUCUCCUUUUAUCUCUCUCCUAGCCAGCCUCUCUCUCACUCUCUCUCUUUCCCUCUCCCUCUCUCUCUCGUGUGUCUAUGAGCGUGUCUCUGCCAUGAAUCUGGAGAGGCAUCAGCGGCCAGCGGCGAGGGAGGUGUUGAGGAGGAUGGGACGCCAGCAGCAGGAGGAGGAGGAGAAGGAAGGAUUGGUGGUGGCGCCUCCUCCUGUCAAACCCGAAGGACUGUUUGGCACACGUCACGUCCUGGGGCUGAUGGGAUUCCUGGGGUUUGCGAAUGUGUAUGCCAUGAGGGUGAAUCUCUCUGUGGCGGUGGUGGCAAUGGUCAACAGCUCCGCCAUACCCCAUGUCAACACCUCAACACCAGAAGCUUGCCCAGACACCGGCCAGAACUCUUCCUCACACCACUCGACACAGGACGGAGAGUUUGCCUGGGACGAGAACGAGCAGGCACUGAUACUGGGCGCGUUCUUCUGGGGUUAUGUCAUCACCAAUCCCCUGGGCGGCCGGCUGGGGGAGGUGGUAGGGGGCAAGGUGGUGUUCUGUGUGGGGGUGUUGGUGACCGCUGUUCUUACUCUUCUUACUCCAGUUGUGGCACGGACUUCAACUACGCUGUUUAUCGCUCUUAGAGUCAUAGAAGGAUUGGGUGAGGGCGUCACGUUUCCAGCCAUGAACUCAAUGCUGGCUCGCUGGAUCCCUCCUUUUGAGCGUAGCAGAGCCUCCUCCUUCAUCUACACAGGUUCGCAGGUUGGCACAGUAAUUUCCAUGCCAAUAUCCGGGCUGUUGUGUCAGUCUUCGUUCCUCGGUGGCUGGCCUUCUGUCUUCUAUCUAUUUGGAGCUCUCGGAGUCCUGUGGUGUAUUGCUUGGAUGUUUCUGAUCCACGAUGACCCUGAGAAACAUCCACGCAUCAAUCUUGACGAGCUCACUUACAUACAACACUCCUUAAACAGAUCCGCCACUUCUAAGGUCCGCCCGUUCCCCCUGGUCCACGUGCUCACCUCCCUCCCCUUCUGGGCCAUCGUCGUCGCCCAUGUGGCUCAGAACUGGGGUUUCUACACACUACUAACUGAAAUGCCUACUUACAUGAAGAAUAUCCUGCGUUUUGAUAUUGCUCAUAACAGCUUCAUGUCAGCCCUGCCGUACCUGGUGAUGUGGCUAUUCAGUAUGGUGGUGGGGCAGCUGGCAGACUACCUCCAGACCUCCGGCAGGCUCUCCACCGCUAACACCAGGAGGCUCUUCAAUAGCAUAGGCAUCUAUGGACCAAUGGUGUGUUUGGUUCUGGUUGGGUACGCUGGAUGCAACAGAACCAUCGCCAUCACCCUGCUGUGUCUCGGUGUGGGGCUGAACGGGGCUACCUUCUCUGGGUACAUCAACUCCCACCUCGACAUAGCCCCCAAUUUCGCAGGGACUCUAAUGGGGCUGACUAACUGUGCUGCAACUGUACCAGGAUUUGUAGCCCCAAUGGUUGCAGGGGCUCUUAUUAAUGGAAAGGAGACAGUGGGGCAGUGGAAGCUGGUGUUCUGGAUAGCAGGGAUUGUGUACCUGGUUGGCAACACUUUCUACAUCAUCUUUCUGUCCGGGGAGAAACAGUAUUGGAACGACUUGCCAGCAGACAGCAACAAUGGCACACAAUCAGAAGGGGCAUAUGGCACCUUCCUGGGCACUGACGAGGUGGACAGAGGCACUCAGGGAAGCCAGAGUGCCACAUCCCAACCUGCCAAGCUACCGGAGAUAUUUUAAGGUGCUGGAGUGGUAGUAGUAGUAGUAGUAGUAGUAGUAGUGGUAGUAGUGGUGGUUGUGAUGGUAGGAGGAGUAGUAGUGAUGGUGAUGCUGUAGUAGUAGUAGUAAUAGUAGUGGUGGUGGUAGGGGAAAGAGAGACCAUACAUUUGAAGUGUUUGUGAAUUUAAAGUUGUGAUUAUCUUAUAUUUGAAGGUGUUAUUUAUAUUUUUGUUUCUAUUUAUGUAUUAAUUUAUGUGUUU